CAACAUUGCCGGCUCGAGGAAAACAGUGUGAAAUAGUUACACAAAUUGUUUAAAUGAGUGUAAAUAUUUAGUGUUGUGCGAAAAGCUGGGGUACGCCAAUAUGUCGAAUAUGUUGCUAAGAUUAUCCAGCCGAAGUUUGCGCGAGAUGAGUGGGAGUGCCGGACUGUUUGGCACCGUCGGAACAAGCCUACCCAAUCCGGCAAGAGUGUCCCGGCACGGUUGCCUGUUGGGCCGGUUUCAGCACACAACCCGUCAGUCCGAUCCGAUGAAGGGCAAAGGUCCGAUCACGUGGAAAAGUUUUGCAUUUAUUGCCACUGCCGGUAUCGGUGUGCUCGGGUUCAUGUGGUACGUGAAGGAUGAGAAAGAGCAAGCGUUGUUGCGCGAACGGAAGCGACAGCUAGGCAAAGCAGCCAUCGGAGGAAAGUGGGAUUUAACCGACUCGGACGGCCAACCACGCAAAUCGUCCGAUUUUCUAGGCAAAUGGUUGCUGAUCUACUUUGGCUUCACGCACUGUCCCGACAUCUGCCCGGAUGAGCUGGAAAAAAUGGCAGCCGUGGUGGAUAAUCUGGCAAAGGACAAGGAUGCCGAUCCGGUGCAACCAAUAUUCAUCACCGUCGAUCCGCAGCGCGACAGCAAAGAGGUUGUGGGCAAAUACGUGAAGGAAUUUUCGCCGAAGCUGCUCGGUCUGACGGGAACGGUGGAACAGGUGGCGCAGGUAUGUAGAGCAUUCCGUGUGUACUUCAGUGCCGGUCCGAAGGAUGAGGACGAGGACUAUAUCGUGGAUCACACGAUCAUCAUGUACUUGGUGGAUCCAAACGGUGAGUUCGUCGAUUACUAUGGACAGAACCGUGAUAAGGAAUCGAUAAAGAAUUCCAUCCUGAUCAAUAUGACAAAGUUCAAGCAGAUGCACAAAUCGUCUUGGUGGUAGAUGGUAGCUGAUGCAUUACGGUUUGUGUACGAUAAGAUAUAGUAGCGCUGUGGCGAUAAAUCAUAUUUGUUAAGUUGAUUAAACACUCGGCAGCAUGUCGUCCUAAUA